UCUAAUAUCUUGUGCUGCAAAAAAUUUAAGGGAAGUCCUCAUUUUAAAAAGUUGAGCAGCACCCUUUUUCAUGGACCUACAGAUCGUCUUGUCUCCUCUCUGAGUGACCCUCUCUCCGCCGCCUGCGUUUCCACGGCCACCAAAAAUCACCGUGUUUCUUUUUCCGGCGUUGUCUGCUUCAAGUUGUUUUUCAGGAAUCAGAAGUUCUUCCAGUAGCAUUUUGCAUGUGUAUGUAUGUGCUUGUCAGGCGGCAGGCUGUCUGCGUUUUUGACUGUGAAUGGAUGCAAAUGGUAAAACCUCAAAAACAGGGGAGAUCAGCAUGACGGAGAACAAAAGCGGCGAAGUGGUCCUAACAAUCCCCGGAGAAGAGAAAGAAGCGAAACAUGCGACCUUUGGAGCACCGAGAGAUGCAAAACCGAGAGGUGUUCCCGAAUCACCUCAUAGAAAGUCUGUUGAUUCAUAUCCUGAAAAUGCAUAUUUCAUGCCAAGCCCUAACAGGCCUCCUAAAAUCCCCAAUCCUGAAACCCUAACCAGGCGAAAAACCUUAGCAAGAUCGAUUUACUCCAAGCCCAAAUCAAGGUUUGGUGAACAACCUUUAAUUGAUCACAACAUGUUCGAUGAAAUGCAUGAACCAGUAGGCCAGACCUCAAACUCGCCCAUGAGGAUAUCAGCUCGAGCCUCCCCUAGAGUAGCAGGCAAUACUACUACUGCUUCUCCAGCUGCUACACCAAGAACUUUGUCCAUAACACCAAAGACUCCAUUAAUGGCAUCACCUGGAGCUGCAGGGGGAGAUGAGAGUGAUAACGAGGAAGAGAUUUAUAAGAAGGUUAACAUACGAAAGCAGUUAAAGCUUAAAAGGGUGAAGCUGAAAGUACUAUUUCAAUGGGUAGUAUUGCUUUUUCUUGUGGGUUGUAUAGUUGCUAGCUUAAUGAUUCCCAAGUUGAAAAAUUACAAGAUAUGGAGCUUGGAGUUAUGGAAGUGGUUUGUGCUUAUAACAGUGAUCAUUUGUGGUAUGUUAGUCACCAACUGGCUUAUGCAUUUCAUUGUAUUGCUGAUAGAACUGAACUUCUUGUUGAGAAAGAAAGUGUUAUACUUUGUACACGGAUUAAAAAAGAGUGUUCAAGUAUGCAUAUGGUUGAUUGUAGUUCUUGUUACUUGGACAUCACUGUUUAAUAGCAAACAUGUUGGAAGAUCAAAAAACGCAGCCAAGGUUUUGGAUUACUUGACAUGGACCAUUGUUGCCUUAUUAGUGGGUUCAAUCUUGUGGCUUGUAAAGACUUUCUUGCUCAAGAUUCUUGCAACUUCAUUCCACGUCAGCAAUUUCUUUGAUAGAAUUCAAGAAUCAAUCUUUCUUCAGUAUGUUCUCCACACCCUUUCAGGGCCUCCAGUUAUGGAAUCAUUACAAAACGUUGGGGCCUCCACUAGUAAAAGCCAAUUUAGUUUACAAGUAAAGAAGAAUGGGAAAGAUAAAAAGACAAAAAAAGAAGUGAUAGAUGUAAGUAAGCUUCAUCAAAUGAAGAGAGAAAAAGUGUCUGCAUGGACUAUGAAGAUGUUGGUUGACACAAUAUCAAAUUCAGGGCUCUCAACUUUCUCUGGUGAACUUGAAGAAAGCGCUUAUUAUGGAGAAGGAAUUGGAUCUGCAGACAAAGAAAUCACCAGUGAGAUGGAAGCCAUUGCUGCUGCUUAUCAUAUCUUUAGAAAUGUUGCUCAGCCUGGUUUUACAUACAUUGAAGAUAUUGAUCUAAGGAGAUUCAUGAUCAAGGAAGAGGUAGAUAUCGUGUUUCCAAUGAUCGAUGUGGCUGAAAAAGGUCAAAUCGAUAGGAAGACUUUAACAGAAUGGGUGGUAAAGGUUUACAAUGGGAGAAAAGCUUUAGCACAUGCAUUAGAUGACACGAAAACAGCUGUGAAUGAAUUGAACAAGCUUGUUACAGCAGUCUUAGUUGUUAUAAUCAUAAUUAUAUGGCUUCUUUUAACAGAGAUUGCUACAACCAAAAUACUUGUCUUCCUCUCUUCACAGCUUGUUGUAGCUGCUUUUAUAUUUGGGAACACUUGCAAGACUGUUUUUGAAGCAAUUGUGUUUGUGUUCAUCAUGCAUCCGUUUGAUGUUGGGGAUCGCUGUGUUAUUGAUGGUGUUCAGGUUCGAAAUGGACAUGUUAUGAUGGUAGUUGAAGAGAUGAAUAUCUUAAAUACAGUGUUCUUGAAAUUUGAUAAUGAGAAGAUAUAUUAUCCGAAUUCGGUUUUGGCUACAAAGCCGAUUAGUAAUUUCUAUAGGAGUCCAGAUAUGGGUGAUAAGGUGGAAUUUUCUAUUGAUUUUGCAACACCAUUUGAGAAGAUUGGGCUAUUAAAAGACAAGAUUAAAAAGUAUUUGGAGAAGAACCCUCAGUUAUGGUAUGCGAAUCAUAAUUUUGUGGUGAAGGAGAUAGAAAAUGUGAACAUGAUAAAGGUGGCACUUAUUAUUAAUCACACAAUGAACUUUCAAGAUUAUGGUGAAAAGAAUAAGCGAAGAAGUGAAAUGGUUUUAGAGUUGAAGAAAAUAUUUGAAGAGUUGAAGAUCAAAUGCAGUCUUCUUCCACAACCAGUUCAUCUGCAGCAUCUGGAAACACCCACUCCAACUGGGCCCACCAAAUAAUCGUACAUCUUCAUAAAAGGGGCAUGAGGGUAAGCUAUAUGAGGAUAUGAGACAUCAAUGGUGAUAAAAUCAGUGUUUGAUUUUUGUAGUGAUUAAACAAAACCAUUGUGAUUUGGUUAAUCAGUAGGAUGGAUUACUUCACUUAUUAAGCACAUAUAUGUAUGAUGAUUUGUGAAGGUGCAAAUAUUUGUUAUGAAAUUUCUAUGUACUUGAGUAAA